AUGACAUUGACACUAUUGACAGGCAUAACCUAAAAACUACUGUUAUACUUUAUAUAUUAAAAUUAUGAGAUUAUUUGAAUUAAAUGCUGAUUCAAAAAAUGUACAGAAUGCGGCCUCCCCGUUGGGGAGUUUUUUGCCGUUGUAUUUCAGUUUUAAAUGGCGACAGUUCGCACAAAUUGUGUAAAUACUUUGACAUCAGCCAAAGCAAAGCAGAAUUUUUAAGUUUAAAGCAACCCUACGUGAAUAAAUUAGACGAAACGGCGUUAAAAGGCCUCAUUGAAACCGUGACCGAUUUAGGAUUUAAAAAAGAUGUUAUUAUAAAUGAUCCUCAGAUGUUCAGUAUAAUGCCAACCACUUUGCGUUUUCGAUACAAAGUUUUGGAAGAAUGUGGCUUUCAAAAUAUAACACCAAAGCAUUUAUUAAAAUAUUUAACAAUAACAAAGCAGAAAACGAUAGAAUAUUUAAAAACUUCUGGUGAACUACAAAAUAUUGAUGUAGAAAAACGUCUGGCAAGUUAUAUGACACAGUGGCCAACAUCUUUAAGUAAUUUAACAUUCGGGGACAACCAUGAGACAACUCUUUAUAGCUUAAGACUGAAAAUUCUUCAACGGUAUUUAGAAUUGGUACUAGAUUUGUCAGAAGAUGAAUUCCAGCAUGGCAUAAAGACGUAUCCUACAAUCAAACAUCGACCGCUACAAAUUAUAAACGAAACACUAAAUUUACUACAAUCAGUUGUUAUGAUACCGGACAAGAAAAUAAAAGCAAAUCUAUAUCUCAUUCAUGUUGAUCCGGAGAACUUGAAGCAAAUUAUUUACAAGUUCCGUUUCAUAGGCGGAAUCGAUGUUAAGGAAGUAUUAAGACUACACCCGAAACUAGCUACAAAGAAAUAUGAUGUUAUGGUAGAAAUUUGGAAUAUUUUACAGGAAUAUGAUAUAAGCGAUGAGGCACAGAGAAGAUGUUUUGACAUAUAUACACUAAGCCCUGCUACAAUAAGAGAGAGACUAGAAGAGGUUAAAUCUAUACCUGAAUUUCAAGCAUUUACAAAUCAUCCUAGAUUCCUGAAAAUGAUACAUUACAAAAAUACAGCAAUGAAUAGACUUAAAAACUUGUAUGACGGUAGAAAACAAUGCCUAAGCUUGAAUGUGCUAUCUGGGAGCUCUGCACAUUAUGAAUCAUUCCAAAAUGCGCCUGGAGACAGAUUUGGUAAAGGCAAAGAUCUGGUAUUUUGUAUCACCGAAUCCCUCGGAAAUGUUCACAGUCGGAAUCAAAUAUGGAAGAUGAUCAAAAAACAUCCAUUUCGGUUUAAUGUGCCCCUUGUACAAGUAAAAUUUGUAUGUCAAGAGUUAUUAAGGAAAUUUGAUGUUCAAGAUAUUUACGAGAACUGCCCAAUAUUAUUAUAUCCUUGGAGUAAAAUUGAAAAUAUGCUUAAUCAUUUUGAAAAGAAAAAUUCUAGAGAAUCAUUGCACAAUAAGGACAUGCUAGAUAUAACAAAAUUAAGUAAAUCACAAAUACUGAGUUUAGUUGUAUAUUUGUUAGAGAAAAAUCACUAUUUUACUGGGAAUGGCGUGUGGAAAGAAACUGUAAAAAUAAAAUGUUGAAAAAGC